AAGAUGAAAGAAGAAUAUGAAAAGAUUAUGGACAAAUUUACUGCCACGAAUGUCACCAUCUGGAUACCAAAUUGCACCCUCGAAGGGAUAUUCAUGGACGACUUUUUUGCCCUUCUGCAAAAUUUCACCCCAGGCCUCGGAUAAAGUGACUUUUUCUGACUGUUUGCAAGAAAGACGACUUUUCUCUCGAGUUAUUUUUGAAAAAUUGGACUUUUUUUGGACUUCUCUUCCAAAUAUGGCAACAAAAUUCAACUUUUUUUGUUUCGAUCGUGUUGUGUGUGACUGUUGAGUGCAAACAUUUUGUUUUCACGAGGAAAAAUAGAAAAUGUCAACGACAAUGACUGUCAAGGAGAUUGCAAAAGAUUAUGCUCCUUAUUUGAAAAUGGAUUUAUCAAAACAGACAAGAAGUAUUCAUGACGCAGUAGAGGAUAUGCAGAUGCGCUUGGAAGAAUUUGAAUCUAUUAUUAGAAUGAUUCAGUCGGAAAAUGAAAAAUGCAUUAAUCAAUAUAUUCCCACUUUUCGGAUGAUGUGUCCAAAAAUAAUGGAACUCUGCAAGAAAGUCGAUCUUCUUGAACGUAUUGUUCUUCGAAUAAAUUACGAUUUAACGGAUUUGGAAAAGGAUUUUGAAAAUGCCGAAGCUGACCUUGGAUCUGCCGAAAAGAGAUUUACGAUUUUAAAUCCGCUGACAUUUUUCAAAAAAUCUGGAGAACCGGUGGCGCCUCAACGAAUUCCAACUGAAUUCCAUCCUCCGAGAAUUUUCCAAACAGACGAAUAUUUUGAAAGUCAAUGACGAUAAAAGGAGUUAUUUUCAGAGGGAGCUGUCAGUCCCGGAGCAACAUCUACCUUAAGGAGCACCGGAUAGUGAUCCGACGCAAAGGAAUCCUCCAUAACAUUUAUUGAAGACGCCUGAAGUAUAGGUGGGGAAACGAAGAUUAAGUCCAGAUUACUUCCUGGAACAUUCGCAUCCUUGAACGUAGUCGGCUGGGUAGAGUUGGUUAUGUAUAUGUCUUUUUCUAAACUAAAUGGCACGAGGGAGGAACCCCUUAAGUCUGUAUCGUUUUCUCCCCAACAUGUAUGGUGGGCAUUGAAGUCUCCACAAAAAAUAUGAUUAUUAUGUACCGGUAAGGUGUCAAAAAUGUCUGUCCAAGUCUGAGGGGAAAUGUCUCUACCUAGUGGUGCGUAAAUACAUGUAAUUUGUGUGUGUCCAAAUAAAGUGUUUAUUGUUAUAGACGCUAUGUCUAUUGUUAUAUUAUCUAAACUGUAAGUAAAGAGAUUUGUAAUUUGAAAGGAGAUUUCCUUUCG